AAUUUCAGGUGUAUGAGAUCAUAAGUGAAAGUAAAAUCAAACAAGUUUCUGCUUGAUCCCUUUGUACAAACUCUCAUGAACAGAAUUUAUUUAGACGCUAUAGACGAUUUUCAACAAACUUAAUGUUGAGCUGAAGAAGCUGUGUUUUGGAGUGAUGGAGUUCAUUUGUGCGACUCUGAUUAUUUUUAUUGGAAUCACAGAUUCAACAGCAGGUCAAUAUGCGGUUGUGGGACCUGUAGAUCCUCUCCUUACUGUAGCUGGUGAAGAUGCAAUUCUGCCCUGUUCUCUCAAACCCAACACCAGUGCUGUAAACAUGAGAGUCGAGUGGUUUAGAGUUGAUCUCAAAGGGUCAAUAGUUCAUCUCUAUGAAUCUCAUGAAGAUAACAACAUAAAUCAGCUUCAGUCGUACAGAGGAAGAACUGAAGUGUUUAAAGAUGAACUUCAGAAAGGAAACACAUCACUCAAACUAUCAAGAGUUAAAUUGUUUGAUGAAGGACUUUACAAGUGUUUAAUAGAGUAUAAAUCCUGGAGUGCUGACAUCACUGUUGAUCUUAGAGUUGAAGCUGUAGGAAGUCCUCCACUCAUCACUGUAGAUGGAUUUGAUGGUUCUGGUGGACUUCAUCUUCAGUGUGAAUCUAAAGGUUGGAACCCUGAACCUGAACUUGUGUGGCUGGACAGUGAAGGAGUCACUUUGACAUCUGAAAAUACAGACAAACAGAGAGAGAUGGAUGGAUUCAGAGUGAAACACAUGAUAACUGUUUAUAACAGAGACAGUAAAUAUCACUGUAGGGUCAUAAUGAGACAUCACAUGAUGGACACUGAUAUUAUUCUAUCAAGUAAAAUGUUUAACUCUUGGAGGACAUCAGUGGUCCUGAUUUCAUUUGCUGUUAUAUUCAGUGUGAUCACUGGGAUAUUGAUAGCUAUGUUCAUCUAUAGACACAGAGAAAUACAGAGAAAGAAACUGAGUGAAGACGAGAGACUAAAGACUGAAGAGAGUAGACUAAAAAAUGAAUGUGAGAGACUUGCAAUGAUAGAGAAGGGGACUGUAGAAAGUUUGAAAUCCCUCUUGAGAAAAUUUGCAGUGAAUGUGACUCUGGAUCCUGAUUCAGCUCAUCCAGAUCUCAUUGUGUUUAAUGAUGGGAAACAAGUGAGAUAUGAAAAACAAUCAGGAACCGUGAAGGAUGAAGACCAAAAGUCAAAUAACAAGUUUGAUGAGGAACUCUGUGUUCUUGGAAAGGAAGGAUUCACCUCAAAGUGUUUUUACUAUGAGGUGCAGGUGAAGGGUUUAAGUGAGUGGUUUGUGGGUGUGGCCAAAGAAUCUGUUAAGAGGAAGGGGUUUGUUAGUCUGAAUCCUGAGAAGGGUUACUGGGUGGCUGGUUUGAGAGGAGGAAAGUAUCAGGCUAGUGAGUAUCCAUAUAUUCCUAUUUCUGUGAGCGUGAAGCCUCAGAGAGUCGGGGUGUUUGUGGAUAAUGAUGAGGGUCGAGUCUCUUUUUAUGAUGUGGAGUCUAUUUGUGUUUGUACUUGUUUUUGUAUGGGUUUGUGUCUAAAAACAUUUUUUUGUCAUGUUUUUGAGAAGCUGUGUUUUGGAGUGAUGGACUUCAUUUGUGUGACUCUGAUGAUUAUUAUUGGAAUUAAAGAUUCAACAGCAGAUCAGUUUGCUGUUGUUGGACCUGCAGCUCCUCUCCUCGCUGUAUCUGGUGAAGAUGUGAUUCUGCCCUGUUCUCUCAAACCCAACAUCAGUGCUGUAAACAUGAGAGUCGAGUGGUUUAGACUUGAUCUCAAAGACUCAGUAGUUCAUCUCUAUGAAGAUCAUGAAGACAAAAACACAAAUCAGCUUCAGUCGUACAGAGGAAGAACUGAAGUGUUUAAAGAUGAACUACAGAAAGGAAACACAUCACUCAAACUAUCAAGAGUUAAAGUCUCUGAUGAAGGACUUUAUAAGUGUUUGGUUCAGUCCAAAACCAACUAUGAUGACAUCACUGUUGAUCUCAAUGUUGAAGCUGUAGGAAGUCAUCCACUCAUCACUAUAGAUGGAUUUGAUGGUUCUGGUGGACUUCAUCUUCAGUGUGAAUCUAAAGGUUGGAACCCUGAACCUGAACUUAUGUGGCUGGACAGUGAAGGAGUCACUUUGACAUCUGAAAAUACCGACAAACAGAGAGAGACAGAUGGAUUCAGAGUGAAACACAUGAUCACUGUAUAUAACAGAGACAGUAAAUAUCACUGUAGAGUCAGAAUGAGACAUCACAUGAUGGAGACUGAGAUUAUUACAUCAAGUAAAUUGUUUAACUCUUGGAGGUCAUCAGUGAUCUUGAUUUCUGUUGGAUCUUUGUUCAUUGUGAUCACUGGAAUAUUGAUCACUGUGUUUGUCUAUAGACACAGAGAAAUACACAGAGAGAACCUGAGACUACAGACAGAGGACCUGAGACUACAGACAGAGGACCUGAGACUACUGAGAGAGAACCAGAAUCGACAUGAAGAACAUCAGACCGUUUUACUGAUAGAGACGAGGAUUAUAAAAAGGGUGAAAUCACUGUUAAGGAGAUUUGCAGUGAAUGUGACUCUGGAUCCUGAUUCAGCUCAUCCAUAUCUCAUUGUGUCUGAUGAUGGGAAACAAGUGAGAUAUGAAGAACAAUCAGGAACAGUGAAGGAUGGAGAUCAAAUGACAAAUAACAAGUUUGAUUAUCGUCUCUGUGUUCUUGGAAAUGAAGGAUUCACCUCAGGGUGUUUUUACUAUGAGGUGCAGGUGAAGGGGUUAAGUGUUUGGGUUGUGGGUGUGGCCAGAGAAUCUGUUAGGAGGAAGGGGUGGAUCAGUCUGAAUCCUGAGAGUGGAUUCUGGAUGGCUGGUUUGAGAGGAGGAGAGUAUUGGGCUAGUGAGGGUUCUUCAUUGGUCUCUCUUUCCUUGAGUGUGGAUCCUCAGAGAGUUGGGGUGUUUGUGGAUUAUGAGGAGGGUCGAGUCUCUUUUUAUGAUGUGGAGUCUAUGUGUCAUAUCUACUCUUUUACUGAUCAAUCUUUUAAUAAGAAACUAUAUCCUGUUUUGUCUUUAAGUUAUGUUUAUUUUAUAAACUCCUCAAAAGCACCACUCAUCAUCUGCAGUGAUCUCUCAUGAGAUCUGAUAAAUAUCUGAUCGAAAAAUAUAAAUCCUCUCUGGAGUGUAAAUCAAACCCAUUUGAAGAGACUCAACUGUACAGGUAUUAUACCCAGUUAUGUGUGUCAUUUUAAUGAACAUAAAUAACAUAUGAAUAAAUGUGUGAAACUGUAUAUCAAGCCAAACACAUGAAUUACAAUCACACAAUCAUUUCAUUCACACCAGACUUUAACUCAUUUGUUCUAAUGGCCACCAAACUGUUGUGGUUUUAUCUUCAAUAUAUGUGAAAACUCAACUAAAGUCAUAAAAUUGAUGUCUAUAAAACUGCAGUGGAAAGAUUUGUUAGCUGUUGUGAUAAGAAUACUUUCAGAUUAAUGUUAAUAAAACUGAGGAGGUGAUCACAGACCCCAGAUCAGUGGAUUACAGGAGCUCUGUUGUUCUUCAUAGUCAGGACAUUAAUCAGGUUGCUUCAUAUAAAUAUUUAGGGGUCCACAUAGACAGCGAGCUUCAGUGGAAUAAACAUGUGUCAAGUGUUUAAAUACAAGAGGUCAAGAGCGUCUACACUUUUUAAGAAGAUUACGAUUAUUUAUAGAGAUUAGAAAUGUUUUGUAUAUAUUUUAUAAAGCUACAACAGAGUUUAUUUUUUUUAUAUGAAAUUAUUGUCUGGUUUGGAAGUCUAAUGUUUAAAAUAAAAAAUCAAAUAAAUAACCUGCUGAGAGU